UUUCAGAAACAAAAGUCCCAGAACCAGCAGCAAAGACACUCGGACAAAGCAAGAAAGCUAUGAACAUGUACUCUGUUACUCUCAGCGGCCCAGCGCCGUGGGGCUUCAGGCUGCAGGGCGGCAAAGACUUCAGCAUGCCGCUCACUGUGUCAAGGCUUACACCGGGUGGAAAGGCAGCUCAGGCCGGAGUCGGGGUGGGCGACUGGGUGGUCUCCAUCAGUGACGCCAAUGCAGAGGAUAUGACCCACGUGGAAGCACAAAACAAGAUUAGAGCAGCAACAGACUCCCUUACCCUCACCCUCAGCAGAGCUUUUAAAGGCGGUGAAGAGAGGAAGGACUCGCUCUCCUCGGCUUCUGUUCAGCCAAAGUACUCUUUUGCCCCAAGCACAACCAUUAACAAGAUGGCGAGGCCAUUUACAGCAGGUGGUGCUAGCACCAACUCAGGACCCGUUAUUAAACCUGUGGCCUACACACCUAAGCUUAACACUGCGCACACGCCGGGCUUCGCCAGCACACAGCAGCCUCAGAACGGCCUGGAGCCAACUCCUUCCUCUGCCAAGACCCAAACUGCAGAUAAACCAGAUGGCUCAAAGACGGCGGCUGCUGCAGCGGCCACUUCCGGCCCCUCCUGCAGACCCCCGUGGGUCACGGACCCAAACUUUGCCGAUCGCUACCGCCCGGACAAGACCAGCACCGUGGUGACCCAGCACCAGCAGCCAGUCGAGCCGACGCCCAAGCAGAACCGCAGCUCCAUCCUGCAGGCGGCGCAGCACACGCCCGAGGACAGCGGGAGGACCCCGCUGUGUGGCGCCUGCAACAAAAUCAUCAGGGGUCGGUACCUGGUGGCACUGGGGCGUUCCUGGCACCCGGAGGAGUUCACCUGCUCCCAGUGUAAGGCGGUGCUGGAGGAGGGGGGCUUCUUUGAGGAACGGGGCUCCGUCUACUGCACGAAGUGCCACGAUAACCGAUACGCUCCCAACUGUGCCAAGUGCAAGAAGAAGAUCACAGGGGAAAUCAUGCAUGCCUUGAAGAUGACCUACCAUGUUCAGUGUUUCAAGUGUGCAGCCUGUAAGAAUCCCAUCAGGAACCAGGCCUUCUACAUGGAGGAGGGCGAGCCUUACUGUGAGAAAGACUAUGAAAAGAUGUUUGGCACCAAAUGCCACGGCUGUGACUUCAAGAUUGAUGCCGGCGAUCGCUUUCUGGAGGCCUUGGGCUACAGCUGGCACGACACGUGCUUCGUCUGUGCUCUCUGCCAAAUCAACCUGGAGGGGAAGACGUUCUACUCCAAAAAGGAUAAGCCCCUGUGCAAAGGCCACGCUUUUGCUCCGGUAUAAGGGAUCCAGCUACAUCUUCAGAGGAAGCAACGCAUCUCCCACCACCUCCUCUUUAUCCCCUCCUGCCCUCUGACAAACUCUACAUCCCGUCUCUGCCAGCCACACACGCAGAGUUCACCCUGAGCUUCUUUUCUAUCCUGCAGACUUUGUUUUUAUACUCCAAGCUUAAUGCCAGCUCCACAUACAGUCCACCGUGCCUGUAAGACGGAAGCGGUGCUGCAAACUGGAAAUAAGCGAGGAAUGAUGUCACGGCGUCACAACUUGAACUACUCGGUGGGGGGGUGGGGGGAUCUCUGGUAUUUAUGGAGAUUUAAUUGCAGCCGUUUUCGAUCUUUGUGAUGCAGCAUGGUUGGUCUGAAGGAGUCGGUGAGCCUGCAGUAAUCACACAUCUGCCCGCUCUCCUGUAAUAACCGUGGAGGAGCGCUGGCCCCAUCAAGGGUCCGGGUCCACUCAUCAGCUCUUACUGCAGUGCCCUUUAAUGCAAUAGAAGCCGGUCAAGCAGCAAAGGGGAGGCGUUUCUGCUUGAUUGGACUGAACCCAACCCCCACACCCCCCUUUCCUCAAAUGCUGCAUGUUUCACCUCAGUGCUGAUGAGUCUGAGUCCAUACGGAGCGUAGAUGAGAACGUUUGACUGAUGCUGAAAUCCUUAAUUGGUCACGUUUUUUAAAUGUCACAGAUGUUUCACAGAGAGCCUCCUGUAAGUAAAGAAACUCCCUUUUUUUUUCACAUUUCAAGCCAAAGCGUGAUUUAAGCUGCAACGUUCCUCUGAUUCUAUGAUAUCAUGACACCUCAGUGCCGUACUUUCCAGCCAUGUAUUUUCACUGCUUCACAACUGGCCUAUAUGUGUGUUUAUUGCUUAAGAUUUUCCAAAUAAAACUAUUUAGUUAACCCAAA